AUGGAUGAUGAUCACAUCGACAAAGACUCUGAUUCAGACAGUAUUUCGAUUGCUUCUGAUGUUGAAGUUCAUCAUACUGAUCUUGUGAAUGAUGAUUUUAUUCGACUGAAUCUUAACCAUGAUGACAACAACAGCGAAGAUGAAAUUGAAAAUUUAACAAGUUUCAAUAAUGGUGAAGUUAUUUAUAUUGAUCCAACAUCACCUUCUUCGACAUUCGUUGACUCAACAACAACCGACAUUUCCAUUAAACAUAAACGUCGUCAAUGGAAUUUAAUAGAGAAAAUGAAAAUUAUUUCUGAACUUAACAAAGGUGCUUCUUUGCAUACACUUGAGUUGGAAUUUUCGUGCACCAGAAAAAUGAUUCGUGAAUGGAAAAGAAACGAAAACCAAUAUAUAAAAUUACUCAAAGAUAGUGCAAAAAAUAGAAAACGUAAAAGAAUUGAUGGUGCCGGUGCAAAAUUAACCUGUUAUGAUUUGGACGAACAUUUGAUCACAUGGUAUCGAUCAAAACGAGGUUUGGAUCAAGAAGGUCACGAAGUAUCCAAAGAAAAGGUGACAUUUAAAGCCAUGAUCAGACAAGCACAACGACAUCGUUUAUCCCUACAGAAACCUGUCAGAAAACAAAAGGUCUCACGUUCAGAAGCACAUAUAUUACUUGAUAAGUUUUAUUCAUACUUACGACGUUCCAGUCAAUUAGGUCCAGAACGUGGUCCCAUGGGUUGUUUUACCGAAGCCGAUACAUGUAACAUGGAUGAAUCGCCGUUGAACUUGUGGGGUGAUCAAUCAAGGCGUUGUAUUAAUGAUAUGAAUACCAAAAAUGAAAUCGAAGGUCAUCUGGACGAUAAACGGUUCGCAACAGUUAUGUUAUGUGUUUUUCCUGAUAAUAAUAAUCGUGUUCAACCUGUGCUUUUAUUUCGAGGUAAAGGAAAAGUUGCUGUUACAGAACAAAAACAUUAUUCGCCGCAUGUCAAAGUGUUUUUUACACCCAAAGCAUUUAUAAAUAUACCAGCUACGAAGAAAUAUAUGGAUUGGUGGUUAGACAAAGUUAAAGAUGGUAAUCGUAAGCUUUUCAUUACAGAUAGCUGCAAUUGUCAUAUGGAUGCAGAUUUGAAAAAGAAGAUAAAAUCUAAUGGUGUAUGCUUGGCGAUAAUUCCGUAAGGAUGUACACAAUACAUUCAAUUAUUAGAUGUAUAUGUAUUCUCAGUAUUCAAAAAUCAUUAUUAUGAUUGUGCUGAAGAAUAUCUGGAAUUAAACGGUCCUCGAGCAAAAUUAAAAUUAACCUCUUCUCAAAAACGCAUCUUAUGCACACGAUUAACUGCUUCAGCAUGGAAUCGUA